AAUUCCGAAAUCCUAGGUGAAAGUCGACAUUUUACAACCCCCAAUUGUACAACUGGGUGUAAACCUGCUCCCAACAGAUUCAUAAAAUCGAGACCAUUUUACGAUGUGUCCAAGCUUCUGAUGGAAAGCGUCUAAUUGAAAUAAAUAAUCAGAGUGGGCGAACGAAUUCAUGCAUUUUCGCUGUGGAAGUUUACCUGAUUUGAUUAGAGAGCUACAAAGCCCACAUAAAUUCGCACCUUUUUGCUGUUGAGAUCAUCGGUCGUUGCAAUCGCGAGUGAAAGCUGACAGCAGUCUAAACGUAUCGUGAGUGAGCAAUCAUGGGCAGUUUCCUUGGCCAUGUUGUCCCUGGCACGUUUUUCUUCGCGUUCGCCUUGUGGUGGCUGUACAAUGUCCUCAACCGCUACCUCCUCUGCAGACGGUUUAAGCCCGACAGUUACAGGAACUCGAGCACUUUUCGCUGUGCAUGCAGCAAAAAUAUUCCAAUCGAGUCAAUAUUGAAAGUUGCAGCAACAACGAUAGGAAUUUUGGGAGAAUUUGCGACUGCUUUCGACAAAGGAAAGUUUACUCACUGGGGCAACGCUCAGCACAUCACAAUGUUUGCAUUUUUCGGGCUCAACGGUGUUGUAGACCUACUUUUGCAUAAGGGGUGGUUACUCCCUCCCAAAUUGGACUAUGUCACUGCCGCGUUAGCCUACGCAGUCGAAGGCUUUCUUUUCUACAAUCAUCUUCACGGACGGACUCACAUGGACAUUGCGGUUCACAUGUACUUGUUCUAUUUGACGGUGGCCUGCGUGGUGUCCAUCUUGGCUGAAAUGUUCCAACCUAAAAAUGUGAUGCCAGCACUCUGCCGAAUUUUUUUCACGUUUCUUCAAGGCACUUGGUUCUACCAGAUCGGUUUCAUCCUCUACCCUCCAAGUGGGGACAAAUGGGACGAAGAGGACCACACGCAGAUAAUGAUUAUAACAAUGAUAUUUACAUGGCACAUGGUUGCCAUUCUGAUAAUGAUGUUGGGGGUUGGAUCAUUCAUGUGGUUGCGAAUCCUGAACUCAUCCAACGCUUCGUUACCAAUGUAUCAAAUGGUCGAUACGAACGAUCUUCCUUCCUCGAAAGAAAUUUAUGAAGGCAACGGGAGCAGCAAGCACAAGUUUACUAAUGGUCAUCUUCCGUUCGACAAGUCUGCUUCCAUCCAGCACAUCCUGGACUCGGACAGUGAAGAGGCGUAAGAAGUCAGCGUGGCGGAAGAGAAUUUUCAUAAGUUAUUUCCUAAGCUAUUCCAUUCGACCAUCCAAAAAGAAAGAAUGCAUUCACCUUCAACCCGUCAUUUGCACAGUGAAGAAUGUCAGCAUUAUUUUACCCCGAGAACAACAAAUUCAUACAAUUUAUUUUUUACGUGAAACCAAAUUAUGCUAAACUACCCUGCCCGUAGGUUCGUAUUCUUGAUAAAAUGUUUUCACCCUCAGUGGAAGUGACCGCUGCCACUCACGGUCAAAAUUAUUAAUCGAGAAUAUGGCAGUAGCUUUUUACUACGUAGAGUCGAAUGAAGAAGAAAUAUACAAUUUUUUAAAUUUAUCAGUAAAAUAUAACGUAAUUGGAGAUCAAACUUACCCUGGAAUACUCACUCAACAACCUGUUUGAUUGAUGCUCCAGAGGAGGUUAGAAAUUGACUUCGCCCUGAUUCUCAUGUGCAACCAAAGACGGGGAGGAACAAGAGGGGUAGACGAAAUUAGUAUGCAAAUGUGCAAACUAAUCUUUGGUUAAUUAAUUAAUUAAUUGAGUAAACGUGUAGUUUUGCUAUGUUUUUUUUGCUUUACCGUGUGCAAAUUGACAGCCAAUUUCACAGAGUUGCCAAUUUGAAAUUCAUGCGUAUUUUAUAGUCCGACAUAGCCAUAUUUUUUCUCUCAUUAAAUACUACAUAUCUAGUUAAUUUUGUUAUGUAGACGGAAUAUUUUAUUUAUUAUGGACCGCGAUUAUGUUAAUACUUUUAAUCUUGUCAAUUCUAGUUAUUUGCAUAUGUAAUAAUUUCAGCGGUAUUAACUGAAAUAUAUACACGACUUAUUUUUAUUUACUACUUUAGCGAUAAUAAUGCUUGGUAAAUAGGUUGGGAAGAGUAAACUCUGCUGGUCUUAGAUAAAUGUUAACGAUAUUAGAUAACAUUCUACUUAUUACGUGUAAUGUAUGUAUCUAUGUAACAAUCAGGAAAGCAAUGCUUCAUGAAACUUGUCGUAAUAUAACCUGUGAUCAGACCUGAUAAAUAUGUACAUAAAUUCGUAGUCAAAUGCCAAAUUAGAUGAAAUAAAGCCCUAUAAAUAUUUAGGAAACGAAUGUUACAGAAA